GAGGAUGGAAAUCUGCCCAAGACUAUGUCUGAAACACUCACAGUGAUGGAGCCCCCUGCCUCUGAGUCUGGGGCAUUCCCUGAAUCCAGAUUAGGGGGGCUGUUGGGAAACCCAGAAGGGCAGAGCCUGCGGAGCUGCCCCCCUCAGGAGGGCAGUUUCAGGGGGGUGACAGUUACCCAUUGGAAGAUCCAAGCAGGAGAGGCAGCUCGGGUGGGCAGUAAGUCAGGAGAAAGCCCAGUUCUGAGCUCAAACCUCCUCCUCCUCCAGAGAGAGCUUGUGGAAGGGGAAGCCCACCAGUGUGAGAUUUGUGGCAAAAGCUUCACAUUUAACUCGGACCUAGUUAGACAUCAGAUUUCUCAUGCUGGGGAGAAACCUUACAGAUGUGAGCAGUGUGGGAAAACCUUCAGCCAGAGCUCCCACCUUGCUGAGCAUCAGAGAGGUCACACUAGAGAAAGACUCUAUGUGUGCAACAUGUGUGGAAAGGACUUCAUUCACUAUGCAGACCUCGCUGAGCACCAGAGAGCACAUGCAGGAGGAAAGCCAUUCCGAUGCAUGCAGUGUGGGAGAGCCUUCCAUCACAGCUCAGACCUGGUUCGGCACCAGCGAAUUCAUACCCGGGAGAGGCCUUUCGAAUGCAAGGAGUGUGGGAAAGGCUUCAGCCAGAGCUCCUUGCUUAUUCGCCAUCAGAGAAUUCACACAGGAGAAAGACCUUAUGAGUGUAAUGAGUGUGGAAAAUCCUUCAUUAGGAGCUCAAGCCUUAUUCGACAUUAUCAGAUCCACACAGAAGUGAAACAGUAUGAAUGUAAGGAGUGUGGGAAGGCCUUCCGUCAUCGCUCAGAUCUCAUCGAACAUCAGAGAAUUCACACUGGAGAGAGGCCCUUUGAAUGUAAUGAAUGUGGGAAGGCCUUUAUUCGGAGUUCAAAGCUUAUUCAGCAUCAGAGGAUCCAUACUGGGGAAAGGCCUUAUGUGUGCAAUGAGUGUGGGAAGCGCUUCAGCCAGACAUCAAACUUUACCCAGCAUCAGAGAAUUCACACUGGAGAGAAACUCUAUGAAUGUAACGAAUGUGGGAAAGCUUUCUUUUUGAGUUCGUACCUUAUUCGACACCAGAAAAUCCACACUGGAGAGAGAGUGUAUGAAUGUAAGGAAUGUGGGAAAGCUUUUCUCCAGAAAGCCCAUCUCACUGAACAUCAGAAAAUCCACACUGGGGAUAGGCCCUUUGAAUGUAAGGACUGUGGGAAAGCUUUCAUUCAGAGCUCCAAGCUGCUUCUACAUCAGAUUAUUCAUACCGGAGAAAAGCCUUAUGUAUGUAGUUACUGUGGGAAAGGCUUUAUUCAGAGGUCAAAUUUCCUUCAACACCAGAAAAUUCAUACUGAAGAGAAACUCUAUGAAUGUAGUCAGUAUGGGAAAGACUUCAGCUCAACCCCAAACUUUAAAAAUAAUCAAGGUGUUCACCAAGAAGGACUUCCUUUGAGUAAGACCACCAUACAUUUGGGUGAGAAGUCUGCAGGUCAGGGGGAACAUCUAGAUAACUUAUAA